AUGGCAUCAGGCAGGACACGCUGCACCCGAAAGCUCCGGAACUGGGUGGUGGAGCAAGUGGAGAGUGGGCAGUUCCCAGGAGUGUGCUGGGAGGAUGCAGCCAAGACCAUGUUCCGGAUUCCCUGGAAGCACGCAGGCAAGCAGGACUUCCGGGAGGACCAGGAUGCUGCCUUCUUCAAGGCCUGGGCAAUAUACAAGGGGAAGUACAGGGAGGGGAGCUCAGAAGGCCCUGCCAUCUGGAAGACUCGUUUGCGCUGUGCUCUCAACAAAAGUUGUGAAUUUGAGGAGGUUCCUGAGAUCGGCCAUAGGGAUGGCGCUGAGCCCUACAAGGUGUACCGGCUGCUACCACCAGGAACUGUCCCCGCUCAAUCAGGGACCCAGAAAUUACCAUCAAAGCGACCCCACAGUUCUGCCUCCUCUGAGAAGAAAGAGGAAGAGAUUACCGCAAAGAACUGCAUACUCAGCCCCUCCUUGCUCCAGGAGCCCCCUCAGAAUGAGAUGGUGGAGACCAACGGGGGAGCUGACCGUGUAGACUUUGGGAGCAGUGGAAGCAGCAGCAGCAGCAGCAGCAGCAGCCCUGAGCCUCAGGAAGGUAGGGACACAGCUGAGGCUCUUUUCCAGGGAGAAUUGCUGUCCCUGGAGCUUCUGCCCCCUCCAGAUUCAGACUACUCGCUGCUGCUCACCUUCAUCUACAACGGGCGUGUGGUGGGUGAGGCCCAGGUGCAGAGCCUGGACUGCCGCCUCCUGGCUGAGCCCUCAAGCUCCCAGUGCAGCAUGGAGCAGGUGAUAUUUCCCAAACCCGGCCCACGCGAGCCCGCCCAGCGCCUGCUGAGCCAGCUCCAGAGAGGGGUCCUGCUGGCCAGCAACUCCCGGGGCCUCUUUGUGCAGCGCCUCUGCCCCAUCCCCAUCUCCUGGAACGCGCCCCGGAUGCCACCUGGCCCGGGCCCGCACCUGCUGCCCAGCAACGAGUGCGUGGAACUCUUCAGAACCAGCUACUUCUGCAGAGACUUGGCCAGGUAUUUCCAGGGCCUGGGGCCCCCACCCAAGUUUCAGGUGACACUGAAUUUCUGGGAGGAGAACCCUGACCCCAGCCACACCUCACAGAGUCUGAUUGCGGUGCAGAUGGAGCAGGCCUUUGCCCGGCGUAUGCUGAAGGAGACCCCAGAGGAGCAGGCGGCCACCCUGUCUCUGCUGCAGAGCCUGCAGGACCCGCUGCCUCCUCUCCUCUCUAUCCCGCCGGUCUUCUUUGAGACAGCCUCAGCCUCCUUGCUGUCGACCUGCCUCCCACAGUGA